AUGGUAGGAACCGCCGCCGCCGCCGCACCCUCUGCAGCCACCACAGCCCCUGCCGCUGAGUGGGAAGAGCCGCCCACGUUCGAAGAGAUGGCGGCAGUGGAGGCCGAGGAGAAGCAGGCCACAGCUGCUGCCAUUGGUGCCGGUGCCGGCGCCGGCGCCGGCGGUGCGGAUCAGGCGGCCGCGAAGGACAGGAAGGUCGCCGCUGCCGCUGCCGCCGGCUGCGGCGGCAGCGGCAGCGGUAGGUCCCCACACGCUGACGACGGUCAGGACGGGGCAUCGAAAACUAGCAAGCCGCAGGAGGCGGUGGGGCCUGCUGCGCUGACCGAGACGGCCGAGCCCGCCGAGCCGCCGGCGGAAUCGAGCGUGACGUCUGGUGAGAACGGGGCGGCGGCUGCCGAGAGCGGGGGUGACGAGAAGACGGGAGGUGUGUGCCGGGCCGCAUCCGAAGAGCUUGUUGGCGAGGGCGGCGGGCGGGACGGUGGUAGCAAGGGGGAGGAGGAGCGCGAAAAGGCGACCGCGGCGGCGGCGGCUCCGGUUACCGGCGGGGGGUUUCAUUUCACCGUUCCGAAAUCCAACGCUUCGGCCGGCGGUGUCAGCGUCGGGAACGGGGUAGCCUCGCUCGGGCUGCCAAUGGCGGCGACGGCUGUGUAA